AUGGCCACUAUAGAAAAGGAUACUCCAACUAAAAGUAACAUUGAUAAAAAAGAUGCUGCGGAUUUGUUAGCAGGACUAAAUAUUAACAAGGCCAAAACAGAAGAAUCUAGCAGUACUAAACCUCCUGAAGAACAGCAGGAUAAACAAGAUACUCCAGUUGUAGAUUCGAGCUUGGUUAAAUCUGAGUACGAGGUUAAAGUCAAAUUGGCCGAUUUACAAGCAGACCCAAAUUCUCCAUUAUACAGUGUUAAGAGUUUUGAAGAAUUGGGGUUAAAGGCAGAAUUACUAAAGGGGUUGUAUGCUAUGAAGUUUUCCAAGCCAAGUAAAAUCCAAGAGAAAGCAUUGCCAUUGUUAUUAUCUACACCAAGUAAAAAUAUGAUUGCUCAAUCCCAAAGUGGUACUGGUAAAACAGCAGCUUUUUCAUUGACCAUGUUGAGUAAAGUUGAUGAGUCUAUUAAGCAACCACAAUGUAUAUGUUUGGCACCAUCCAGAGAGUUGGCUAGACAGACUUUGGAAGUGAUUGUAGAAAUGGGGAAAUUUACCAAGAUUAGUACGCAAUUGAUUGUUCCUGAUUCUUACACUAAGAACAAGCAUAUUACUGAGCAAAUAAUAGUUGGUACCCCUGGGACUAUUUUGGAUUUGAUUAGAAGAAAAAUGAUUUCUUUGAAAAACAUAAAAGUUUUUGUUUUGGAUGAGGCUGACAAUAUGUUGGAAUUAUCGAAUUUAGGGGACCAAUGUGUUAGGAUUAAGAAAUUGUUGCCUUCCAGUACUCAGUUGAUUUUGUUUUCUGCAACAUUUGAUGACAAGGUUAGAGCAUAUGCGCAUAAGGUAGUACCCAACGCUAACUCUUUAGAAUUACAAAAAAAUGAGGUUAACGUUAGUGCAAUUAAACAAUUGUACAUUAAGUGUGGGAACGCUGAGGAAAAAUUUGAAAAAUUGAGUGAGUUGUACGGCUUAUUGACUAUUGGUUCAUCGAUUAUUUUUGUAGCACAGAAGAAGACAGCAAAUGAGCUAUAUUACAAGUUGAAAAACGAGGGCCACCAAGUUUCGAUAUUGCACGGUGACUUAGUUAGUACUGAUAGAGACCAGUUGAUCGAUGACUUUAGAAAUGGACGGAGUAAAGUGUUAAUAACCACCAAUGUGUUAUCAAGAGGGAUUGACAUUCCAACGGUUUCUAUGGUGGUUAAUUACGAUUUACCAACAAUAACCACAACGACUAGGAAUGGUGGUAAACAACAAAAGUGUGAUCCGUCUACCUAUAUUCAUAGGAUUGGUAGAACUGGUAGAUUUGGCAGAAAGGGGGUUGCUAUAUCGUUUGUUGUUGAGAACACAAAGGACAUGGAAAUAUUGGGAAAUAUUCAGAAAUAUUUUGGCAACAUUGAGAUGACCGAAUUGCCCACCGAUGAUUGGGAUGAAGUUGAAAAGAUAGUUAAAAAAGUGUUAAAGGAGUGA